AUGACGGAGAGUCUGGCUCGGAAGAAACUGAGGUCGCUAUACCUUGGAGUGAUCGGGGAAGAGCAUAGUACACCCUUCGUCUCUAAUUCCUCUGGCUCAGAAGGGGACGUCCUGCCGCUGUUUCUGCAAGAGCAUGAUAUAUCUAUUUCUUCUUGGGAGGUUGAGUCAAGCUCUGAAGAUCUGUCAUCGGUACCGUUCGUCCCGCAGCCUCGGUCGUUUUUACAAGCCCACCCCACAAUUUCUCGUCUUCCCUUCCCCAACUACAUCCCACUGUCCGAUAGAGACGAGGCUCGGGAAAAUGGAUGGUUGGUGACCGACGAAGAGAACUGUUCUCAAGAAGCUGCUUUCUUCUUCACCCAAUGGGCUACUGCCAACCGAGUCUUCCAUCGUCCGUACUCAUCACUGAUGGAUUUCUGCGGAGUACACAAAAUGACGCCACCGAGUCCUUUCAUGAGUUUCGCCACACAAAUCGGAUGGUGUCCACCUACAGGACGCUGCUGGGGCAUCCGCCUUUUCCUUGAACCACAGAGUCGCAAUAGUGCACCACUUCCCCAUGUUGCCGCGGUGGCUUACCAGCCAAUGAAUGCCAGAGAUGGCUCAAUAUUGGGUGGUGAGCUCGUUGCCAUUCUUUCAAUUAUGCAUAGCCGUGUCAAGGAGCCCAAAGUGGAGAGUGAGGAGGUGAUGGAAGGUCUAUCUGAUAUGAAUGAGCAAGAGCUUGAAGAUCUUUCCAAGAAAAGCCCAGCCUUCCCAGAUGAACAGAAGUUUCCAGUCCUACUCGUGUCCUUUGUGGGCCCACAGCAUGCACGACUACUUUGUGCCUCAUUGAACACAAACCUUCUGGUCAUUCAUCUGUCCAAGCUUUAUAGCUUCGAGAGAGAGCAGGACGCUCCACUCGAUUUAUUUAUGUCCUGGCUGUUUGCGCGUCCUGUGGCGGGAGCCUGA